AUGAUUCUCUUUUUUUCAAAGAAGAAGGGUGAUGUGGUUACAACCUUUUAUAGAAUCGUCAAAGUUACAGAUUGCGACGCUACAUCUCUGUACAAUUUAGUCUGCUCCACUCUGCAAGAAGAUGAACUUCGCGUCGAAAUGUUAGUUGGGAUAGGUUUAGAUGGAACUAAUGUAAUGAUAGGAAGAAAUCAUUCCCUUGCUGCUCUUUUGAAGCAAAAAAUACCUGAUCUGAUAGUAAUAAAAUGUUCAAGUCACUCCUUGCAUUUGUGUGCAGAAAAGGCGGCGGAAAGUCUACCACGUCAACUUGAGUUUCUACUACGUGAAACACACAACUGGUUUUCCUACAGUGCUAAACGUCUGGAUGCAUACAGGGAUCUAUUCGAAGUAAUGAAUAAUAGUAGGAAUCCAAAGAAAAUUGCAGGUUUCUGCGGAACUCGAUGGUUAGCACGAUACAAUGCCAUUACUACAAUCCUGGAUCAAUGGGAAGAGUUGCAACUGUUGUUUUUACUCUCAAAGAGAGAAGACAGAUGUUACAUGGCAGAAAAGUUGCAUGACAUAAUGAAAUGUCCUGUGUUUAAAGGCUACUUGAUGUUUUUGAAAGAACGACUGAACAUGUUAUUUCAGAGUGAAAAUGUAGAAUCUGUGAAAUUACUGGAGGACGUUUAUUUGUUAUUAAGAGGUUUGCUACAAAAACUGGUUGUACCCGCACAGCUUGAGAAAUUGAGUGACAAAGAUUUAAUAACAUUUGACUUCAAACAAUAUAUGAUGCACACAAGUGCUAUUAACCUAGGACAUGACACUGAGGUCCUAUUGCGGGAAGUAAAUCAAAACGAAGCGUGCGAACUACGUGACCGAUGCAGAAACUUUAUGGUCACUUUGUGCUCAGAGGUGCAAAGUAGAACUCCUGAGCACAUUCAUAUAUUGAAGUCUGUAUCACUGCUGACCCCACAAAUUGCCACCUCGCAAGUGAAACCUGAUCUGACAAAUUUUCUGCAAAUGUUCGAAAGGUUUAUGGCAGUAAGACCGAAGCCGAAUCUGAAUGGUACCAUUAAAACCAAUUUGCAUCACAAAGAAUGGAGGAACACGUCGUCCAGCGUUUCAUUUUGGGCCGAGGUUAAUACCGAUUUAGAUGCAGGAGGAAUUAAGAGGUUUGCUGCCAUCUCAAAAUUUGCUUUGGCUGUGUUGUCAAUGCCACUAUCAAAUGCAACGGUGGAAAGAGCUUUCUCCAUUUAUUCAAUCAUAAAAAAUAAGCUUCGAAAUAGAUUAUCUGUAGAAAUGUUGCAACACUUAAUGAUGGUGAGGUACAGCUUAAAAAGAAAUUAUACGUCUUGCGUCACAUUUAAACCGACUGACGCAAUGUUGAAAAAGUUUUCGAAUGAAAUGUACGAUUUCAAGAAGAAAAUGACUGCAGAUGACAUAGAAGUCCAGACGAUGGAUACAUUCCAAGAAUGUUUGGAAAUGCUAGAUUAA